GGGCUCCCCGCGUGCCUCGGAGCGCGCGCCCGAGCCCGUCCCCGCCGCAGGGAGCGGUUUGGAUCGGCUGUGCCCGGCGCGGGCAGGCGCGGGAGGACGCGUCCGGGACCCAGGCGCGAGCGGACGGGCGGCGAGGCGUGCCCGGCUCUGGCUUCGGGACCUCAGGGCCGCCGAGCCCCGCGCGCUCGGCCGGAAAGUUCUGCGGGCGCCACCGGGAGCGGCGCGAGGCCCGGGAAGGAAAUAGAGAAAUCUUUGAGGACUUGGUCUAAAUCAGGAGGCCAGAUGAGCUUAAGGAAACUGGUGCUGAAUCCGUAGAUUUUCGGCUCUGUGCCCACUAAACCCCUCGUCAUGCCAGCUUCAGCAUAUCCUGCUCUGUGAGGAGUAAGCAGCAUUCGGUGAUGGAAAAGCAAAGGACUCCGGUACUGGCUUCGGUGUCAUCUAAACUGAACUGACAAGGGAGGCAGAGAGUACAGCCAUGGAAAAGAAUUCAAGUUUGUGGAAGAGCCUGGUGGCUGAGCACCCAGUCUGCACGGCCUGGAAGCAAGAGGCCGAAGGCGCCAUUUACCACCUCGCCAGUAUCUUGUUUGUAGUAGGUUUUAUGGGUGGCAGUGGGUUCGUCGGGCUCCUUUACGUCUUCAGUCUGCUGGGGUUGGGUUUCCUGUGUUCCGCGGUCUGGGCGUGGGUAGACGUCUGCGCUGCUGACAUAUUUUCCUGGAAUUUUGUGCUGUUUGUGAUCUGCUUCAUGCAGUUUGUUCACAUUGCAUAUCAAGUUCACAGCAUAACGUUUGCCCGAGAAUUCCAGGUACUGUACAGCUCGCUUUUCAAGCCCCUCGGGAUCCCUUUGCCGGUCUUCAGAACGAUUGCUCUCAGCUCUGAAGUGGUUUCUCUGGAAAAGGAGCACUGUUAUGCCAUGCAAGGGAAGACCUCCAUUGAUAGACUCUCCAUGCUUGUCUCCGGAAGGAUCAGAGUGACGGUUGAUGGCGAAUUUCUGCACCACAUCUUCCCCUUUCAGUUCCUGGAUUCUCCGGAGUGGGAUUCUCUAAGACCCACAGAGGAAGGCAUUUUUCAGGUAACCCUCACAGCGGACACUGAUUGUCGGUAUGUGUCUUGGAGGAGAAAGAAACUAUACCUGCUCUUCGCUCAGCACCGCUACAUCUCCCGCCUGUUUUCUGUGUUGAUUGGCAGCGACAUUGCAGAUAAACUCUAUGCCUUGAAUGACAGGGUAUACACUGGAAGAAAACAUCACUAUGAUAUCCGGUUACCCAACUACUAUCAAAUGUCAAGUCCAGACUUGUCCAAAUCACCCCUAAGGGAACAGUUUCGCAAUUCCAGACAACACUGUAACAAAUGACAUCAAAACCUGAAGCUGUGUGAUUACUAUGAAAAAGACUUCAUCAUUCCUCAGCCCAGUUAGCACACUGAUAUUUUUAUAACUUAAAUUCAAAGUCUAGAUGUCAUUGACAGCUGUUUGAUUGAAUGUCACUUCUGCACUGCAAAUAAAAUUUACAAAUUUUCUUGUAUUCCAUGUUCUUAUAAUGAGAUAGGAAGAUGAGUAAUGACGGGCAGUUUGCCCUUUUUUUCCGCAUCAGAACUGAGAGAAUGGAAUUUCACGUUCUCCAAUAUUUCCUCAAACAUGCCUCAAACAUGCCGUCUUGUACUGUUGGCCCAGGAGAAGCACUUAGCGAAUGUUCUUAACAUGAGAGCAGGUUGCCACUGUCCACAGACCCACUUCGAGAAU